AUGCAUCGGUCUUCAGCUGAAUCUACAAAAGACGAUGUUUAUGCGGAACGGAUGGGUCUCGGAUGCCCCAUUCACGCUCAACGGAACGAACAUAUCCGAAUGCACCAGCUACGUUUAUCUGGGUCCGGAAUUGAAUUUGAUGAACGACCUGCCCCCGAGCUGGGCAGGAAGAGAAGAGCGGCUUGGGGCGCGUACAAGAGCAUCGAGGAUGUAGUGAAGAAGACCAGGAACACCCGGCUCCGUGCUCACCUCUUCAACACCACCGUACUUCCUGCUUUGACCUAUGCUUCAGAAAUCUGUGCACUUCGCAAGCAGGAAGACAUUGCGGUGAGCGUCAUUAAACGCUCAAUCGAAAGAGUGAUGUUAGGAGUAUCCCACUUCACGCAAGUGAGGGACGGGAUUCGAAGUUCUGUCCUACGUCAGCGAUUGAGGAUCAGAGAAGCUGCCGCAUUUGCCAAGUGCUGCAAAAUAAGAUGGGUCGGACACGUGAUGCGCUUCAACGACAACCGUUGGACCUGGGUUCCACAGGAUAUUAAGCGCACUACAGGAAGACCGCCGACCCGAUGGUCAGACUUCUUCACAAAGUCUUUGAAAGAAAAAUACGAUGCUCUUCGUGUCUUACGCGAAAGAAGAAACCAUUGGGCGACUCUGGCACGUGAUCGGGACAAAUGGAAGGACUACUGGCGCCCGCUCGACCAGUUCGAAGAACGACGUUAG